UUGUUUCUCUCUAAAGUUCCUUAUUCUGUCUUCCCCCUCAUUGAGGGGAAGAGGAUGUGAUCACAUGAUCUCCAGCCAAAGGGAAAUUGUGAAAGGGCCCUCACGACAGAAAAGCAGCCAUAAUUGCCUCAGCUCUCAGAGGAGGCUGAGCUUCUGAGAGGACUUGCUGAGUGGACCCAGCCAUCUGUUUGUCCAGCCAACAUGGAACCAAAGCGGAUCAGGGAGGGCUACCUUGUGAAAAGGGGGAGUGUGUUCAACACCUGGAAACCCAUGUGGGUUGUAUUGUUAGAAGAUGGAAUUGAAUUCUAUAAGAAAAAAAGUGACAGCAGCCCCAAAGGAAUGAUUCCCCUGAAAGGAAGCACUCUGACUAGCCCUUGUCAGGACUUCGGCAAAAGGAUGUUUGUGUUUAAGAUCACUACGACCAAACAGCAAGACCACUUCUUCCAGGCAGCCUUCCUGGAAGAGAGAGAUGGCUGGGUUCGGGACAUCAGGAAGGCCAUUAAGUGUAUUGAAGGAGGCCAGAAGUUUGCAAGGAAAUCCACCAGGAGAUCUAUUCGACUGCCAGAAACCAUUGACUUAGGUGCUCUGUAUUUGUCCAUGAAAGACACAGAAAAAGGAAUAAAAGAACUAAACCUAGAGAAGGACAAGAAGAUUUUUAAUCACUGCUUCACAGGUAACUGUGUCAUUGACUGGCUGAUUUCCAACCAGUCUGUUCGGAAUCGCCAGGAAGGGCUCAUGAUCGCCUCCUCACUGCUCAAUGAAGGGUACCUGCAGCCUGCAGGAGACCUGUCCAAGAAUGCAGUGGAUGGUACUGCUGAAAACCCUUUCCUGGACAACCCUGAUGCCUUCUACUACUUUCCAGACAGUGGGUUCUUCUGUGAAGAGAAUUCCAGUGAUGAUGAUGUAGUUCUGAAAGAAGAAUUCAGAGGAGUCAUUAUCAAGCAGGGAUGUUUACUGAAGCAGGGGCAUAGGAGGAAAAACUGGAAAGUCAGGAAGUUCAUCCUGAGAGAAGACCCUGCAUAUCUGCACUACUAUGACCCUGCUGGGGGGGAAGAUCCCCUGGGAGCAAUUCAUUUGAGAGGCUGUGUGGUGACUUCAGUGGAGAGCAACCCAGAUGGCAAGAAGAGUGAAGAAGAGAACCUCUUUGAGAUCAUCACAGCUGAUGAAGUUCAUUAUUUCUUGCAAGCGGCCACCCCCAAGGAGCGCACUGAGUGGAUCAAAGCCAUCCAGGUGACCUCCCGGACUGGGAAGUGAGAUUCACCUGCAGCUCCUCAUCACCCUCCUGAGAGAACCCCACAGAUAAGCUCGGUCCAGGAUCUAUUCACUUCUAGUGACAGAUCAACAAGACAGGGCCCAGGGGUGGGAACUUUUCACCUGUGGGGGUUCUAAAUGUAACUAACCACACACCACGUGAUGUUCACCUGCACCCCGCUGCAUGGCUCACUGAAGUCUCUCUGCCACUCCCUGUUUCCCCCAAGCAGAUGUAGCAAGCUAUGUGGGGUUGGUGCACAGCUUAAUCUUUCCAGACCUCAGGUUCUUCUGGGAAAUGAAGCAAAUCCUUGAAGUCCUCCUAAGCUUAAAACCCAACAGCCCUGUGAUUCUAAUACUCAUGGUCAUCCAGCUGCUGUCCCUUCUUGGCUAAAUCCUGGCCUCCAGAACCAGAGACAACUCUUCCCUUUAAAAUUGUUCCGAAAAAGAGGCAUAAACUCCUUUUGUUCUUUUGCGCCUCCUCCCCUUGCUCUUGGCCACAAGAUUCUGUAUCAAAAUGAGGGAGAUCUCUUGUCUUCCUUCCUCCCUCUACCCAGAAACUUCCUGACAGCCAGCAGUGCAGUGGUGGCUUUUAGGUUGGAGCCUUCUUUCACUUACUAUAGCCUGGCAAGUUAUUAUGUCCUUACUAUGUCUUCUGAGAAAAGGAUCUGAGGAAGCCAGGAGUAGCCGGGCCCUUUGCCAUGCCUUCAAGCCACUCAGAGCAGGCAUAUUCUACUCCCUCUUGAGGCUGUUCUGAGAAGGGUCUAUCUUUGUCCCUUUCAGGAACAUUUCUCUAUCAUUUAUUAUCAUUGGAAUGGGGAACUCCAAGUCUUUGAGAAUGUUGCAUUUGAAUGUUUGGAGAGAAAAAAAAGUGGCCAUAUGGGUUCCCCUAAUGGAUUCUCCCCAUGGGUGAGGGGCCUGAGCAGCUGCCUGGCUAAUGUGUACCCCCAGUCCAAGCUCCAGAGGGUGCAGGGGCUGGACCACAGGCAGGCAGCUUGGAUGAUGGGUUUGUACAAAGACAGCACUGAAGCACCUAAGUCUAGACAGAGCUAGUGGAGGUAGCUGUCAACAUUGUUCAGUGUUUUCAGUUCUCCAGUUAAUGAUGCUGUGGUUGCUCCUGAGCUUUAAGAAUAAGCUGUAGCAGCUCCUGCUUGGCUGUGAGGGAACCUCAUGAACCCAUUUUCAACCAAAGUAAUCUGACCUAAAUUCAAAUCGGGUAACUGUUUCCAAUUUUUGAUCAUGUCCACUAACCAGUGAUUCUAAUCCAAAACUGAGGAGUACACCAGGGAUGUGUGUGAAGGUGUAUUUCCCAAUUUCAGAUUUUUAAUUUUAAGUCCCUAGUAAGGAAAGAAAAGUAGAAAAUUCUUCCUGAUUUUUCAGCUCUCUUUCCUCCUCCAAUUUCACGUAAUAUCCAUGAGUCUCUUCCAACUCCCAUUGUUUUAUCAAUGGCCUACAGAUAAAAGAGUACCUUUUCCUGAUUCUGUAGUAAACUGUUUUCUUAGAACAUUCACAGUAGUUUUUCUACACUCAAUGUUA